AUGGGUGAGAAACAACCAAUUUCAGCAGAUAAUAUUCCAUCCUUGAAAUCAAUGACAUGGCGUGCCGACGUUAUUCUAUCUUCUUCAUCAGUUAAUAAUGUCAUGCAACCAUUUAUUAUUCUUAGAUUCGAAUUAUCAGAUGGCACAUUUCAAACUGUCGAAUUAAGUAUGCAAGCUUUUCAUGAUCUCAGAUUUCGUGUUGCUGAAGCACUUCACUCAAUGCACAAACUCGAAGCGAAUUACUUAUUCACUCUUCGCGAUGCAUAA